AUGGCUACAACCAAAGACUCAGAGAAGGGUGGCUCCUUUUCGAAGGAUCCGGGGAACAGAUACAGCAUUUCGCGGGAUCGCAGAGCAAGCUCGAAGGGCAACAUCGACACGAUUGUUGCGGCUGAUCUUCUCGAUGAUCGCUUUCAGCAGACUCAGAGGGGACUCAAGAGUCGACAUGCUCAGAUGAUUGCACUGGGAGGCACCAUCGGUACCGGUCUCUUUGUUGGAUCUGGUCAGACUCUUGCCCGAGGCGGACCGGCUUUCAUCCUGACCUGCUACAUCGUUAUCACUUUAUCUGUCUACUGCGUGGUCACUGCCAUCACCGAAGUCGCAACAUAUCUACCUGUCCAUGGCGGAACGAUGUCAUACUAUGGUUAUCGCUAUGUUUCCCGCAGCAUGGGUUUUGCGAUGGGCUACCUCUAUUGGUAUGCGCUUGGCAUUCUCGUUCCGUACGAGAUCACCGCCGCAGGCCUGGUCAUUCAAUAUUGGGAUCCAGAUGCAAGCAUCAACAUUGCCAUAUGGAUCACUGUCAUGAUCAUUGUCAUAGUCGGAUUGAAUUUCAUGCCUGUCAGAGUGUACGGCGAAACGGAAUUCUGGUUUGCAGGAACAAAAGUUGUCUUACUGGUAGGAUUGCUAUUUUUGGGCUUCAUCCUCUUUUGGGGAGGAGGUCCUGAACAGGACGGCAUCCUCGGUUUUGCUUAUUGGGUAAAUCCAGGGGCAGCCAAUACUUUUAUACUCGAAGGCAGCACAGGCUAUUUUAUAUCCUUCUGGCAAACAAUGAUUUUGUCAGUCUUUCCGUUUGUUUUCGCACCGGAGUUGCUUAUUGUGACUGGAGGCGAAAUGGAAAGCCCAAGACGAAACCUCCCGAAAGCAUCAAAGCGCUACUUCUACCGCUUGGUCUUCUUCUACGUCUUUGGCGUUCUCGUGAUUGGCGUCACCUGUCGGUCCAAUGACCCGGCUCUGACAAAUGGUGGCCAGGGUGCUGGCUCCUCGCCUUUCGUCAUCGGUAUCAAGAACGCUGGCAUUCCGGUUUUGGAUAGUAUCGUCAAUGCCGUCAUUAUUCUGUCUGCGUGGAGUUCGGGCAACAGUUUCCUCUACAUAUCUUCCCGGUCGCUUUACUCUCUGGCCGUGUCAGGCUCAGCACCAAAGGUCUUCAAGACUUGCUCAAAAAGGGGUGUUCCAUACUAUGCAGUUGGCGUAUCGUCAGUAUUCACGGUCCUCGCUUACCUCAAUGUUGCCAGCUCCGGCAGCAAGGUGUUCAACUGGUUCGUCAACUUGGUCAAUACUGCAGGAUUUAUAAGCUGGAUCUGUUGCGCCAUCGUCUUUCUACGUUUUCGCAAGGCAAUCAAAACUCAGGGUAAGACUGUUCCCUACUCCUCAUUCGUGCAGCCAUGGGGAGCAUGGUGGGUGCUUGGCUGGUUCUCGUUCCUCCUCCUUAUCAACGGCUUCGCCACGUUCUUCCCACAGAAUUGGGACGUUGCAGAUUUCUUUACGGCUUAUAUUAGCAUCAUCAUUUUCGCGCUACUAUACUUUGGACACCGAAUUGUCUUUAGGUAUGACAAAUGGGCUUGGUCACCAUCCGAGGUCGAUCUUCUUACGGGCAUGGACGAGGUGGAGGAAGCAGAGCGCCCGCCACCGGUGCUUGAUACGUGGUGGAAGAAGGUCAAAUCAAUUCUUGAGUGA